UCACCUCUUCUUGUUUACAUUAUUACUCAUCUGUCUCAUUCUGCACGGACAGCAAAGUCCCUAGACUGACCGCUCUCCAGCCAACGGUUAUGUCAUGCAUCUGGGAAGUGGGGUUGGAGAGAGAGAGAGAGAGAGUGGAAGAGAGAGAGGGUUUUGCUUGUCCAUCUUGUUAGUCCUCCUGUGCCGGCUCCAGCAUGCAUGUCUGCCUGUCUGCUGCUUGGUGGCUUCUUUGUGUCUGAAUGCAUGCCUCGCUCUGAUCUCCAGCUUCUCGUCUAGCAGCUCGCUCAGCACCGCACCGAGAGGACGCAGUUGGACGAAAUGGAACCACGAGUGCUUCAUAAUCCUGAAGUGAUGUGUCUCGUCUCUGCAGCCGCCGGUCUUCAUUCUGGAGGGAAAGACCCCAGUCGAGCCCAGCAGGGGGGAUGGAGGAGACGGGGAGGCUGGUUCCCUUAGCCCUGCUGCCCUGUCUCUGAGCCCCGGACCCUGGCAGAGCGAGAGCCUGCUGGCCGAGUCCUGGUCCACGAUGGGCGACGUGGACCCCGAGGACCCCAACAGCCUGGACGGCAACGACGAGGUGCUCCUGGUCCAGGCCGAGAUGCUCGAGGAGGCCGAGAAGGCGGCGAGGGGAACGGAGGAAGAGGAGGAAGACGACGACGAGGAGCUGCAGACCAGCGCGUUGAGCGUUUUAGGCGGGGAGCGGGAGCUGACGGAGUUCAGCGAGGAGGAGCAGGACCGAGAAACCGAGGAGCUCCCGGCGACGACGGAGGAGCCUCGCGUGCAGACGAGGCCCGCGGAGUUCAGGCAGGUGGUUCCCCCGAUGGCGCUGCCCCUCCUGCCGGUCGUCAAGCUGGACCCCCCCUCCACCACGUCCACCCCGGUGCCUUCCACCACCAGCUCUGAAGCUGAGGAGCUUUACUCCGCCCAGGGGCUCCAACCUCCUUCCAACCUUGCACAGGUGGCAGCGGACCCUCCGUCAGAGAGGCGACUGGAGUUCUCACAGGUCGCCCUCUCGGACGCGGAGGAACAUUCAGUCGAGUCCUCUGGAGCGGCAACAGAAAAGCCUCCCAAGACCCCCAAGACCCCCAAGAGCCCCGAACCUCUGAGCUGCACCGAGCUGCUGUGUGGAGGCGCCGCUGUAGUCGCCGUCGUGGGAGUGGUGGCCUACGCCGCCGUGGCCUACUGCCGAAAGUAAUCUCCUUCCACCCCCAUUCUCGCUCUCAACACAGGUUUUCAAAUCUAUUCCGAAUGAAAAUAUUCCACUUAACUCUCUGAAUUCUGGAUUUUUACUCUCUCUCUCUCUCUCUCACUUGUUGUUUUGCGCUACCUCAGCUCAUGGCCUUUUGUUUUUUUCUAUAUUCCAAAAAUCUUUGAGAUUGCAAACCCGGGAAUGUAAAAAUCACGUGAAGGUCUAGUAUUUUAAAGAAUCCUGAAACUUGAA